AUGAUCUCGAGUCCAAACCUGAAUUUGAUAAAUGAUGUCAUGGCAAAUGACAUUGGUUUAGUGAAAACUGAUAGCAUCGAACUUCCAUCUUAUGCAAAACUCAGCUCAGUCGAUUAUACGUCUCUCGUUGGACAAGAAGCGAUACAAUUAGGUUAUGGAAAUACGCAUACUUCAUAUGAAAAAGAUCCAGGAACAAACCGUACUUUAAAAAUGAUGGAUGUUAUGUUGAUGAAAUGUGAACGUAUUCCGUUUUUAAAGAUAUAUAUUAGUAUGUGCACAGUACCUAAGUGCGGAGUAACAGAGUUUCUGUGUCCAGGAGAUUCAGGAGGCAUAGUUUUACAUAGUUCGGGAGUUAUUGGUGUACAUUCUGCCGGUAUAAGGUGUUUGAAACAAAAGAAUAGCACGAUUUUUGGAAGAUGGAACUAUGCGGGCAUAAGUGUACCCGUCAGCCCAUUUUUAGAUUGGAUCAGAAAUGAAAUUACAAGAGAUUAA